AUGGAGCCCCUAGCUGGAGCUGACACUGCCGCCUUCCACCAGCGCUGGCCAGCCCGGCUGCUGCUGUGGGUCUCAGCCCUGAGCUGUUCUUUCUCCUCACCAGCUUCUCUCCCUCCGUCCCUGGUACCCCGAGUCAGAAGCAGCUACACUCUGGGAAGGACGUUCCUCGGUCUUGAUAAAUGCAAUGCCUGCAUCGGGACAUCCAUUUGUAAGAAGUUCUUUAAAGAAGAAAUAAGCUUUGACAACUUGAUGACUUCCCACCUGAGACCGCCUCCUCAGGACUUGCCUUCUUAUUCUGCAAAUUACUCGGAUGAUUCUAAAACCUGGCGCCCUGUGGAGGUCUCUCGAUUGGUCAGCAAGUACCAAAGCGAGAUCUCUGACAGAAGAAUAUGUGCCUCUGCAUCGGCUCCGAAAACCUGCAGCAUUGAGCGCAUCCUGCGAAAAACAGGGAGGUUCCAGAAAUGGCUGCAGGCCAAGCGACUCACACCUGACCUAGUGCAGGGCCUGCCCAGUCCCUUCCUACGCUGCCCUUCCCAAAGACUCUUGGAUCGUGUGGUUCGACGCUAUGCUGAAGUGGUUGAUGCUGGCAGCAUCUUCAUGGACCACUUCACUGACCGUGACAAGCUGCGUCUCCUCUACACACUGGCUGUCAAUGCACACCCCAUCAUUCUGCAGAUCUUCCCAGGGGCAGAGGGCUGGCCACUGCCCAAGUACCUGGGCUCCUGUGGUAGAUUCCUGAUCAGUACCAGCACCAGACCACUGCAAGAAUUUUACGAUGCACCCCCAGAACAAGCUGCUGACCUUGCCUACCAACUCCUUGGGGUCCUGGAAUCCCUGAGGAGCAAUGAUUUGAACUAUUUCUUCUACUUCACCCAUGUUGAUGCAGACAUGUUUGGCAUCUUUGACAAUGGACAUCUGUUCAUCCGGGAUGCCAGUGCACUAGGUGUCAUCGACAAGCAGGAAGGCAACCAAGCAGCUUCCGGGACUGGAGAGAAUGAAGACAUUUUUAGCUGCUUGGUUUCUGACUGCCAGGUCCAGCUGUCCUCCUGUGACACUGUCUCUGAGAAGCAAAACCUGGUGCUGGUGUGUCAACAAUUGCUGCCUCGACUUCUCCAGGGAAAGUUCCCUUCCCCUGUGCAAGAGAAAAUAGACUCUGCUCUCAGUUUGUGUAGCAAGAAUGCCAGCACAGACAUGGAAGUUUUAGGGGCCACCAACCUUCUGAAGGACAUCUUGAGACCACUGAGAACCUGUGACCCUAGAUUUGCCUACCGCUACCCAGACUGCAAGUAUAAUGACAGGUUCUGA